AUGUAUGCUCAGAUUUGCACUAGACUUGAUAUUGCUUUUGUGGUAAAUGUUCUUGGACGAUAUUUGUCUGAUCCUGGGCGUGAUCAUUGGGUUGAGAAUAUCCGAGUUGUUGGUUAUUCAGAUUCUGAUUUUGGUGGUUCUAUGGAUGAUUUAAAGUCAACUUCUGGAUAUAUUUUCACUUUGGCUGGCGCAGCUAUUUCUUGGAAAAGUGUAAAACAGACUUUGAUUACUUCAUCUACUAUUGUUGCGGUUUUCUUUACUAAAACUAAUAAGAUUAGUGGUGCUUCGAAGCAUAUGAAGAUCAAGUAUCUUACUGUCAAUGACCUAGUCAAGAAAUGA